AUGCCAAUAUUGAAUGGUAAUUUAAAAUCGAAUGGAAGAGUUGUACCAUUGAAUAAUGGUCCAGUCAAACUAUCUGGUAAAGAAGAAAUCGAUGAUACGAAUAUUAAAAUACCAAAUAAUUCAAUCGAAUCAACACAAAAAGUUGACAAGACAAGCUUAGAAAAUGGAUUACCUAAAACAGAUGAAAAUGAAAAGGAAUCGGAGGUGAAGAAAAAACCUGAAGUACCAAAAUUAAAACCAUAUGAAAUUUAUAAAUAUUCUGAUAAAUGGGAUAUUUUAUUUAUGAUAUUAGGAACUAUUACAGCUUUCGCAUCUGGUGUAGCAAUGCCUAUCAUGAUGUGGUUAUUUCAAAGUGUUGCAAAUUCUUUAGUUAAUAUAGGAAAAGGCAAUGCUACAACGACAAGUGAUUGUUAUAGUAGUUCAGGUUCUAAUGCUGAUCCAAUAUCAGCCAUUGAAGAUAUUAUUAAAUGGUAUGCAACAUUAGGUGUAUCAAGUAUUGUUGUUCAUUGGAUGGCUUAUGGUUUUUGGAUGAGUUCAACUGAACGACAAAUACGUCGAAUUCGUUAUGAACUUUUUGAAAGUAUUUUGAGUCAAGAAAUCGGUUGGUUUGAUUGUUUAAAUGCUGGUGAAUUAUCUAGCCGUCUUAUUGAAGAUCUUGAAAAUAUUCGAGAGGGUAUUGGUUUUCGUGUAGCGGAUUUCUUUUGUCUACUCUCUCGAAUCAUUGCUACAUUGAUAUUUUCUUUUUAUACUGGUUGGAAAUUAACACUUGUUUUUCUAUCUAUUUCACCAUUAAUUAUUCUUUCAGUUAAUCUUUUAGUUCGAGUUAUUAUUCGAUAUACUGAAUUAGAAUUACAAGCUUAUAGUACAGCUAAUGCUAUUGCACAAGAAGUUUUAGGUGCAAUAAGAACUGUAACAGCAUUUAGUGGACAAAAUAAAGAAACAGAACGAUAUGAAAAGAAUUUAACCGAAGGUCGACGUGUUGGUAUUCAAAAAGGUAUUAUGUUAGGUGUAACACAAGGUCUUGUAAAUAUUGUUUUAUAUGGUGGUGUUGCAAUAAUAUUUUGGUAUGGACCAUAUUUAAUUCGAAAUGAAUGUCAAAAUUAUUCAGCUGGUCAUUGGAUGGUUAUAUUUAUUUCUUGUUUAACAUCAACAUUUGCAUUAGCUAAUUUAUUUCCAAAUAUACAAGCAUUUGCUGAAGCAUUAGGUUCAGGUGGAUAUGUUUUUGAAAUAAUAAAACGUCAAUCAAAAAUAAAUAUAUUUAAAAAUGAUGGAGAAAUUCCAAUGAAUUUUAUUGGUGAUAUUGAAUUUAAAAAUGUUCAUUUUAAAUAUCCAUCACGACAAGAAGCACCUAUUCUUAAUGGUUUAAAUGUAAAAAUUCCAUCUGGAAAAACAGUUGCACUUUGUGGUCCAUCGGGUUGUGGUAAAAGUACAACAAUUCAAUUAAUACAACGAUUUUAUGAUCCAGAUAAUGGACAAGUUAUAUUAGAUGGUCGUGAUAUACGUUCAAUUAAUUUAAAAUGGCUUCGAUCAAAUAUUGGUAUUGUUUCUCAAGAACCUGUUCUUUUUUUUGGUACUAUUGAAGAUAAUAUACGUUAUGGAAAACUUGAUGCAACUGAUGAAGAAGUUAUUGCUGCUGCUAAAAUGGCUAAUGCACAUGAUUUUAUUAUGCAAUUACCACACAAUUAUAAAACAUCAUCUGGAGAUAAAUUAAGUGGUGGUCAAAAACAACGAGUUGCUAUUGCUCGAGCUUUAAUUUCCAAUCCAAAAAUUUUAUUACUUGAUGAAGCAACAUCUGCUUUAGAUAAUCAAGGUGAAAAACUUGUUCAAGAAGCAUUAGAUAAAGCUAAAGAAGGUCGAACAACUAUAGUUAUAGCACAUCGUUUAAGUACAAUAAAAAAUGCUGAUAUUAUUAUUGGAUUAGAACAUGGACAAGUUGUUGAAUAUGGUACACAUAAUGAUUUAAUGCAAUGUAAAGGACUUUAUUAUGAAUUGGUUACUGCUCAAAGUGAAAAAGAAAAAGAAAAAGAAGUUGAUAGUGAUAAAGAAAAUGAAAUGGAAGAAGCAUUAGCUCAACAAGCUCUUGAAUCAACAAAACAUAGAAUACGUCGACAAUCUCGUCGUAUGUCAAUUAUGUUAAGACGUACAUCGGUUGUUUCAGUUAAAUCAGUAGCAUCAGAACUUAAUAGUGAAACAGGAUAUGAUUUAGGAUUAAUUGAAGAAGUAGAAGAAAAACCUCUUAUUAGUAUGCCAUUUAUAUUCAAAAUUUUACGAUUAAAUUCUCCUGAAUGGUUUUAUCUUGUACUUGGUGCAAUUAGUUCACUUGCUUUUGGUGGUGUUAUGCCGGCAUUUUCUUUAGUUUUUUCUGAAGUAUUUGGUGCUUUAGCAGAAACAGAUUUAAAUAAACAAGAAGCUGAAAUACGUACUCUAACAUAUGUAAUGUUUUUAGUUGGUCUUGCUGGUGCAAUAAGUCAAAUAAUAUCAUCAGUUACUUUAGCUAAAGCUGGAGAAGAAUUAACAAUGCGUAUGAGAAUACUUUCUUUUAAAACUAUUCUACGACAAGAAAUUGGAUGGUUUGAUAUGGAUGAAAAUAAUUUAGGUGCAUUAGUAACACGACUUUCAUCUGAUGCAGCGUCACUAAAAGGAUUUACUGGUCCUACGUUUGGUGCUAUUCUUACUGCCAUAGGUGCAUUAAUUACUGGUCUUGUUAUUAGUUUUGAAGCUGGAUGGAAACUUACAUUAGUUAUUCUGUGUUUUACUCCAUUAAUGGUUUUUACAGGUCUUAUUCAAGGUCAACAAUUUUCUAAAGCAGCUGGAAAUAAGAACGAAGCAACAUCGGAUGCUGAAGAUGGAGGGAAAUAUGCAACACAAGCUAUUGAAAAUAUUCGUACAGUUGUAUCACUUCAUCGAGAAGAAAAUUUUAUUCAAUUAUAUGAAGAAGCAUUUGAUCGUGAUUUUCGAAGUCGUAUGUUUUAUCUUCAUUAUGUAGCUUUUGCUAAUGCUCUUGCUAAUUCAUUGAUGUUUUUUAUUCAUGCAGCAGCAUUUGGUUAUGGUGUCAAACUUAUUCAAAGUAAAGAAAUGUCCUUCUAUAAUGUCUUUCGAGUCUUCAGUGUUGUAACUUUUGCCGCAAUGUCUAUUGGACGUAGUGCAUCUAUGGCACCAAGUUAUGCUAAAGGAAAAGCUAGUGCUAAACGUAUUCUUGAAUUAAAUAAACGUGAAUCAAAAAUUGAUCCUGAAGAUUCAUCUGGCAUUACACUUUCUGAUGUAAAUGGAAAUAUUGAAUUUCGAGAUGUUCGAUUUCGUUAUCCAGCUCGACCAAAACUUCGUAUAUUACGUCAUUUAAAUUUAACUUGUAAUUCAGGUGCAACAACAGCACUUGUUGGUCCAUCAGGUAGUGGAAAAUCGACAACUGUUGCAUUGAUACAACGUUUUUAUGAUCCACUUGCUGGUACUGUUCUUCUUGAUGGAUAUGAUAUAAAAACAUUAAAUAUUCAAUGGUUACGAUCAUUACUUGGUCUUGUACAACAAGAACCUGUCCUUUUUAAUCUUUCAAUUCGUGAUAAUAUUGCUUAUGGUGAUAAUACUCGACAAGUAACACAAGAUGAAAUUGAAGCAGCAGCAAGAAAAGCAAAUAUUCAUGAUGUCAUUACAUCAUUACCUGAGGGAUAUGAAACUUCAUGUGGUGCUAAAGGUGGUCAAUUAUCUGGUGGACAAAAACAACGAAUUGCUAUUGCACGAGCUUUGGUUCGAAAUCCAAAAAUUCUUCUUCUCGAUGAAGCAACAUCAGCAUUAGAUAAUAAAAGUGAAAAAAUUGUUCAAGAAGCAUUAGAUCAAGCACGAACAGGUCGAACAUGUUUAACUAUAGCUCAUCGUUUAUCAACAAUUCGAAAUUCUGAUAAAAUUUGUGUUGUUGAUCGUGGUCAAAUUAAAGAAAGUGGUCGUCAUGAACAAUUAAUUUCACAACAAGGCAUCUAUUAUAAAUUAAAUAUGGCUCAAGAACGUCCAGAAAAUUUAAAAGACAAUUAA